AUGCACACAGCCACUCAACAACCCGCAGCCGGCCCCACCGGCGCGCAGAGUACUCAUCACUCCGACUCGCCUCACUUGCACAGCGCGACACGAGACCUCUUGAGACAACAAAGCACAGACAGUGCCACAAGCAUCGACUCGUUCCCCCCUCACACCUCUACACCCCACCGACGCAGCUCUGUAUUUUUUGAAGAAGGCUUGAAAGGUGACGAUGCCAUUGUGGACGCUCGAAUAAGGCGAAUCGGUCGACCCAGUCUUCGGGUGCGCUUCCGAAGCAAAGUAGACAUUCGCGAACCAGAGGAAGUCGACGAGCCGUUCAUCCAGCCUGCCCAAAAGUCUGACGGGCUACCAACACUAUUACUUACGGCUCCUCGCAUCAUGUUUUUCACUCUCCUGCUCGCCGUGCUUAUACCUAGUCUGGGCCAUUCUCCCUUCUUGAAAGCCGGGAUAUCGCCUAUCGGUGCAGAGGCUGGGCCCAUUAAGGUUCCUCUCGAGGAGCAGAGAAAGGCAGUUCCCACGAUCGAGAAGAGACAGAACUCUGAUACCGAUAUCUGCAAGAGAUGGUCCGGCCAAAGUGCCGUGGUCAACGGGACCAUGUACUAUUAUGGCGGCAGAAAAUCGACGUCAGCAGAUCAGACGUCAGAUACCUGGACAAAUGACUUUCUGUCACUCGAUCUAACGAAAAGCUGGCAAAUAUCAAGCCCUUCUAUGACAGGUCUCCCGCAACCGUCAGGAGUCCCUGAGGUUUCCCUAGGCUACUUAUGGAACUCAUUCGACACGUUAUACCUGUAUGGUGGACAAUUCUCCGAUUCUCCUGUCGAAUCCCCUGCACCCUUCUCGGUUUGGCAGUAUGACAUCGGCGCAUCGCGGUGGUCAGAAUUGGACAAUACCGAGACGGCCGGUGGUGAGAAUGCGCAGCCUUCGGGGCAGUCUGUGCAAAGAGCCGCAGAAGGCGCUGGCAUUGCAAUACCACAACUGGGGCGAGGCUACUAUUUUGGAGGCCAUCUUGAUGGUUAUACCGUGGAAGGUUGGAGCCAGUCUAUCCCAAGACAGUAUCUGACGAGUCUGCUGGAGUUUACCAUGCCUGGAUACAGCAAUCAGGCCGUAAACGAUGGCAAUACUGCCGGCUCUGGGGGCCUCUUCAGAAAUAUUACCGAGGGUGGUGUCCAGGGUUCUGCCGGUUUUCCAGAGCGUGCUGAUGGAACUUUGGUCUAUGUUCCUGGCUAUGGCGAGCAAGGCGUCUUGAUUGGCCUCGCUGGCGGUAACAACGCGACAUUCACCCAGCUCAAUAUUAUCGAUGUAUACGAUAUUGCAACAUCAUCGUGGUAUCGACAGGCUACGAGUGGAACAUCACCACAAGUGCGGGUAAAUCCCUGCGCUAUUGUUGCGUCAGCCGCCGACGGCACUUCUACGCAGCUAUACAUGUUCGGUGGUCAGAACUUGAUUCCAGCAGGCGAACAAGAGCAGUACGAUGAUAUGUGGAUUUUAUCGAUUCCCUCGUUCACCUGGAUCGAAGUCGACAUGAGCGAUCAGUCUGUUCCACCCGCACGAGCUGGCCACAUGUGCGCAGCUUGGAAUUCUCAGAUGGUCGUUUGGGGAGGUUAUGUUGGUCAAGAUUUGUCCUGCGACAGCCCCGGCAUCUACGUCUUCAACCUUUCUUCCCUGGCCUGGCAGAACGAGUAUCGGGCACUCUCGGACGGCGAAGAUCACUUGAACAGACAGACCUCUCAGGACGAUGAUUCGUCUGCCCUAGGAGGCUCAUUUGGUUACGCAGUGCCUGGCAAGGUUCAGGAAGUAAUUGGUGGCAACGCUGUCGGUUCAGCCACAAUCACGGAGCCUGUGCAGACACCUACUUCCGGCCCGAUGGCUACCGGUAGCCCGAUCACAUACACAGUUACCGGCUCUGAUGGAUCUGUGGUCACAGAGACGUCCACGCCUGGGGCUUCCGAUCAUGGUUCGAGCAAUUCAGGGGGCAGCAGUAACGCCGGCGCCAUUGCAGGUGGGGUCAUUGCCGGAGUACUUGCGAUUGUUGCGUUGUACCUGGGUUACUGCGUCUACGUCUACCGCAAGCAGUUGGCCGUCUACAAGAAUCAUGUUGCUAUGGCACAGCGUGAGCACCUGGCCGGCGACGGUGGUCGCGCAUUCCUUGCUGUCCCGCCCUCAGUUGGGAAGUCCAGCAAGGAGAAGAGCCAGUCGAGCAGUGACCCUGGUCGUAGCAGUGAUGAACGCAGUUGGAGACGCGAACUGGGUGCCAGCAAUCCCUACCGCAACGCUCACGAUGAUGCUAGGAGCAGUACGGACGAUGUGCAACUGGCGCAAGAGCCCAGCUUCGUGGGAAUAUUAUUGAACCCCAGACGCAGUUUGAGGGUUGUGAAUCGUGAUUGA